CCUCACCUCCUGUGACUACGUUGUCACCCGUUCAGUCCUCUUCACUGCCUGGCUGCGUACUCUCUCCAGGGAACAGGAUGCAAUACUCGCUUCUCAAAGACGUGACAUCCGACUCACAUAAUUGGCAAGUCAGAACAAGGGUACUCCGAUUCUCUGAGUAUGCCGACAAAGCUCAACCGGCUAAAGUCCUAAGGCUUGAUCUCAUACUUCUUGAUGAACAGGGAACUGCCAUGGAAGGCCAGAUCCCCGAAAAUUGGGUUCAACAAUUUAAGCCAAUUCUAAAAGAAAAUUCCGUUUACUAUAUCCAAUAUUUUCAAGUACGUCCUGCCCGUACAAUGUACCGACCUGUUGAUCAUGAAUACAUGAUGCGGUUCACAAAAUAUACAAGAGUGGUCGAAGUGAAUCCUGUGCCGGACACAUUUCCAAUGUAUGCAUGUAAAAUAGCAUCGUUCGCUGAACUUCGUGAAAGAGUGGGUGUGCAAGAAUUUUCAUCAGAUGCUAUUGGGAUUUUUGAAGGGUGCACACGUAUCAUGCAACAAAAUACGAAGAAUGGCGUUAAACCACUCAGAAACAUUUACAUAUCAGACGGGAGAGAAACUAUUCGCGUCGCUUUGUGGAACCAGCAUGCCUAUGACUUCAAUGAUGAGCAGUAUAUGGAAAUAGCUAAAACCAAAACUCUGGUUUUUCUCUUUGUCGUUGUAACAUGUGCAUGGCAUGAAGGAAAAUUAUCACUUCAAGGGUCCACAAUAUGCAGAUGGUAUUUAAACCCUGACCUGCCAGAAGCCGCUGCCCUCCAUGACAGCUAUCCACAUGGGCUACGACAGCCAAUCUGGCAUGGUCCAGCACCAUCGCAGAUUGGGCCAAUUGAAACCACUGUUACAGAUUUGGCAAUGUUGACAAACCCACAUACUAUCUAUUGCAACAGAUACAUUGCAACUAUUAAAAUGAAGAAUUUAUUGCGCAACCAAUCCUGGUGGUAUUUGGCCUGUCAAAGAUGCAACAAAACAAUCCAAGCUCAUGGCAAUAGAUAUAAAUGCACAUGCAUAAAAUGUCCCAGCACAGAUGGGGAACCCAGAUAUCGCCUUGCUGUUAUCGCCACUGAUCCAGCAAUGCCAAUCAAUGACCCCAACCCACCAUCUAUUGAAUUGGUCUUCUUUGGUCCCGUCGGUGAAGAAAUAAUAGGAAUGCCAGUCGACGCCCUAAUUGCAUCAAGUGGAGGCGUAGAGGGCUUCGUUCCACCACAAAUAACAAGACUCUAUGGAAGGGAAUUCAGAUUACGCAUUAGUGUUUCUCCUGGAGCCCUUCAAAGGCCAAACCUCUCUUAUCAAGUUGACGGCAUUGUCAAUGUUGGCAAUCUCCUAAUCACUCAGCCUCUACCAAUACUUCCAUCAACCCUGCAGGAACAACCCACUGCUCCCUCAAUAUUAACUAAUGCUCAAGGACAGGCUGGAGGUUCAUCUUCCCAAAAGGCAACCGAAAUAACGCCGCCUAAAGAGACAUCAUCAUCAUUAACCCCGCCUCCGAUGCAAACACCGCCUAACCUAGAGACAGAUCACCCUGCUAUUGCUACUCACAAACGACCUCGAUCUCCUCAAGCCAAUGAACAAGGAAAAAAUGCCGACUCAAGCAGUGAUGAGCGUACUAUAACCAAACGUUCAACAGUAAGGAAGCUCAUCCUCGAUGACUUACCAGAGGAAACCUAGGUCAGCUAACUUAGUGAUGAAGACCUCCUUUUGCAAUUUUGAAUAUGUCCUCCUAUAAAAUGUAGACAACACAGCUGCAAAUGCUACCCGUUCAAUCCUCUCAGCGCAGCACACUAUAAGAAGGCAUCUCCAUCUAUUACUAAGCCACACCUUUUGCGGUUGUUUGCACCCUAGCCUACAUUGCCAUAGGACCUACUAUGUAUUUUAGGACAUGCCAGUAAUAUGUAUCACCGCACUAAUAUCUGCACCGAAAUAUUGUACCGACAAACAUCAUGCUGUAAAUAUUUUACGUUGUGCAACGCCAUGAUAAAACAAAACGGCGUUGCUUCAAUGCUUGCGCUAAAACAUCAAGCUUGAUAUGGUUAACCUUU